CCAUUAUAUCUCGGGGGGCUACAGGGUUAUGCAGGCUCUCCUGUUCAAGCCCAGGUCUACCACACCUACUAUAUAAGGUCUUGAUGAACAGCUGAGGUAUUGAUGAAUAGCUGAGCAGUGAAAUCAGGUGUGGUAGCACUGGGCUUGAACAAAAAAAAGCCUGCAUAACCCUUCAGCUCAUCAAUAGCAAUUUUGGUAGGUGCUGAUACAAACACUGUUACAAUUGACAAACUGCUGAGAAACACCUGUAAAAUACAAACUAAUUCAACAAGUACAAAACACUUUUAAGAAUACAUUCUUAUAAAUCUGACAUUGGAUAGGUGCUCUAAAUCCUUUAGGUACCAAUGUUCUUAAUAAAGCUGUACACAGCUGUCAGACUCCAGGAAAAAAACACAUUCCCAAAUGUAUAAAUAUGAAAACAGAUGGGAGUACUCACAGAUUUGGAACAAAACAUACAUAAGUGCUACUGAUAGUGUGCGAUGUACUGUGUGCAUAUGAAUAAGCGUAAGUCAUAGCUUCUCAAACGACAGAAAGUUGCGUCUGAAAAGGAGAAACGUUUACAACCUGUGCAAUUUAUCGCAUGCAUUUGUGAUGGCGUGCAUUAGGGAUGGCGUGCAUCUGAUGAACGAGGGCAACGUCGUCUUGAGAGUUUGAGAGCUGGUCUCGCCACUGUUCUCUCCUCCGUAGUAGCAAGACGCGCGCACAACUACUAGUACACGUCACACUCCCUGUUCCUUACAACUCAACGAUGCCUAAUGAACCCAAAGGCUAUUUUACAUACGUCUAAUACAUAAAAAAAAAAUACGCACACGCAGUGUGUGCAUGCGCCGGUGUCUGGAAGGGGAGCGGGUGUCAAAAACUAUAGACGAAAGAGAAUGGUCAAUGUCUUUCAAAUCCCAGAUACUUCAAUUUGACACUAUUUAAAUGGCCAGCUUGGUGGCCUACCAAGCUGUCCAUUCCAAAAUAUGUUGGUUCAUUCACAAAGUACUGAUUGAACUUUUAUUUAUCUUGUUUGGUAAAACAUGUUUUUUUAAGGAACAGUUGAUAUGUUGAAAACAGUUUUAAAAACAAUUUUAUCACAUAGGCAACCAAGUUAGCAAGCAAGGCGCUUUAUUUUGACUUGCGCACAGGUCGCGCAAGCAAGCAAUGAUGGCGUUGUUUUAACGUUACCUGGAUGCUUCUUGAGCAACCCUGCUGCUUUUUACUUGUGUAUGGCGACUUCAGCUUUUCGGAAACACAUUGAAAGGUAACGUGACACUGUUGAUCAGAGUCAGCGCAAAUGUGGACUAUAAUGACAAGGAAAUUGCAUUGACAGAAGGGAGUGUACUGAAUUAAUGCAUAAGGUAAUAAAUCCCAGGACAGUGGCAUCGUAGAGAUGGAGGAGCUUCCUGUCCCUCAGAACAUCAAGAUCAGCAACAUCACAUGUGACUCUUUCAAGAUUUGCUGGGACAUGGAGCCCCGUGUCAAGGAGCGCAUCACUCACUACUUCAUUGACCUCAAUAAGAAGGAGAACAAGAAUUCCAACAAGUUCAAACACAAGGAUGUCCCCACUAAGCUGGUGGCGAAGGCGGUUCCUCUGCCCAUGACGGUGAGGGGUCACUGGUUCCUCAGCCCGCGUACCGAGUACACUGUGGCCGUCCAGACAGCUUCCAAACAGACUGAUGGAGACUACGCUGUGUCAGAGUGGAGCGAGAUCAUAGAGUUCACCACCGCCGAUUAUUCCACGGUGCAUCUAACCCAACUGCUGGAGAAAGCUGAGGUCAUCGCAGGGAGGAUGCUGCGCUUCUCUGUGUUCUACAGGAACCAGAACAAAGAGUACUUUGACCAGGCCAAGGAGGUGCAUGGGAACCGCAUGCUGCCAGCAGUGAAGGACAACAGUGGAAGCCACGGCUCACCUAUCAGCGGAAAGCUGGAGGGCCUCUACUUCAGCUGCAACACAGAGUUCAACACAGGCAAGCCCCCCCAGGAUUCCCCCUACGGCCGCACACGCUUUGAGAUCCAGGCUGAGACCCUGUUCAACCCCAAGACUAAUCUCUACUUCGGGGACUUCUACUGCAUGUAUACAGCCUACCACUACGUCAUACUGGUGCUGGCCCCACAGGGCUCGCCCGGCGAUGACUUCUGUAAGGCAAGGCUGCAAGCGCUCGACGUCACCAACAACCACUUCCUGACGUGCACGGUGGACGAGGAGGCGGGCGACGGGGCGCUGGUGUUCCAGCACGCCCAGGAUGUAAUCCUGGAGGUGAUUUACACGGAGCCCGUGGACCUGGCACUGGGCACGGUGUCAGAGAUCAGCGGGCACCAGCUUAUGAGCCUUUCUACUGUCAACGCCAAGAAGGACCCCAGCUGCAAGACCUGCAACAUCAGCGUGGGACGCUAGUGGGAGACUGGACUGGACCUGUGCUACACACACAUGCAACCCCAACCUUUACACACCUCUAUAUCCACAAAGAACCACCCUCCCAAAAGAAGAACAGUGCAAAAGAGGGACCCAGACUGUUAAAGAAAUGUAACAACAGGGUGCGGUGCUAGAAUUCACAAUCCAAUAGCAUACACACACAAACAUAAACAAAACACAUCAUCCAUAACCCUUUACAUCCUCAAAGGACCACCCUCCCAAAAGUGUGGAACUCUAUUCCAGCCACCCGUCAACCCCAUCAGAAGAGAAACAAUGCAAAAGAGGGAGGAGCCCCAACUGAAAGAUCUACAGCUUAAGUGUGGGACCCUAACAACCCUUUGUCAGCAUCAUCCAAAUCGGCUAGCCAACACUGGCCAAUUAACUGACUGAUCCCUUUAAAUGUUCUAACCAAACAAUCAUUGUUGCCUGCAUUUAUUCGCACAGCUUUUCUCAUAGAUUUUCCCUCCUGUUGUUUUUCAAACAUCUCCUUCUCCCUUUGACCUUUCUGUUCACUUCAGUCCAGGUAGACAGGUGGUUGUGUUCCUCUUUUUCUGUCUCUUCUGGAAGGUGUUAGUUUGGUUUCAUAUCAAACAGAUCCAAGUUACUCCAUACCUCCCUCCCUCUAUUGGCAGAGACUGGUACAGUGUCAUCAUCUUUAUGCCAAAGGUAACACAAAUGGAAAUAACUUGCUGUAGAAUAACAAUACUAAUGCAACAGCCACUAAAAAGCAAAUUAACUCUGAGAUCAACUUGGUAACUACUACUUGGUAACCUUUAAGAGCAUGAUGCUGUCAACUGCAUUGUUAUGUUUUAUUUAUUCUAGUUAUAAUGAAACCAUAAACUGUGUUUAGCAAAGUAAAUGUGAAAAUAUGUAUUUUUUACUGAUAUAUAUAGAAACCAGAAGUGCACAAUGUCAAGAGAUCUGAUAAUAGUAAAGAAUGGCAUUUUGGGAUGAAAAACACAUUUGACUGCGGGAGUAACUUGCCCUAUGCCAACAUUCACACAUUUUUUUUUCAAGGUAAUGUAUAACUUGAAUUACCACAAUGCAUCAUGUCAACUAUUAACUAAUACAUAUCAUAGUACAAUGUGGGACUAAAAACUGAUUGACAUACACAAACAUUCUACAGGAUUGUCGGAUUGUAUAUUUGGAUGACAUAUCCUCCUUGCCAAGAUUGCACUUUUCAAAGUGCCACAUUUGAACAUAGUACACCACCUGUUAUACCGAGAAUAGUUUUGCGAGAAGAAAAUGCAAGUAACAAUAGUGUCAUAAAAUAUCUUAGAAAUUGAUAACGUGUAUCUAACAUCAACUGCGUUAUAUUUGUUCUCUUUGUUUCCUUAAAAUUAAACUGUUACACUCGCUACAUCAGUUGCAUAAAAUAUCAUUUGUUAUUAUAAAUAACAAAGUACUUGUUAAGGGACAAAAAAAUUCUGGAUGUCGCCCAGCAACUCUUGAAUCAUCUUGCCAUCACUCUUAACCAAAGUGAGAGUCAGUCAACAUCAAAGUAAUUUAAAGUGCAUCACCAUGUAACCAUGACAUGAAACAUGACAAGAAGUACCGGUAUUUCACUUUGAAAAUUGUUCAGAAACUAAAGGUCCUAUAAAUGAGUAAAAAAGUGUUUCAAAAUAAAAGUCCCACUGUGAAGGAGGCUUAGACAGUCUUCUAAGUAUCCUGUUUACUGAGCAGGGCUUCCAGUAAGUGGAGUUUAGCUUUUAGGUUCUUGUACUCGCAGUACUCCUCUGCCAUGGGCCCGCGGUCCUCUUUCUGGGCAUUCCUUUAAAGACGAGGAAGAGAAAAAUACUAACUUAACAUUUUAGACAAGCUGCAGCUUCCUUUACUGGUAUAGUCCUUGUGUUGCCUUAUUCAGAUAACAUUGUACAGUGAGUAUUGUAAUUAAAGCAUUGUAUUUUAGGGCUCUAUUCAAUCUGCAUCACGGAAAUUCAGCUUUACAGCGUGAUUGAAAUUUAAUGGCAAUGUUCCCGCUUAAGUGGAGAAUGCAUUCAUGGUAAACGCUGCUUAUGUCGGCUCAAUCGGAAAUUACCUUUACAUGUCGUUCAGAGCAGUUCUCUAUCUCUCCGUCUCUCUCCUAAGUACUUAUUUGUGUCGUAUUAACGUGAGUGUGCAUCACGCUGUUGUAGCAUUCUGCUGAAUUCUUUUAGUGGAUGUUUUAUUUUAUUUUUCACAAGGCAUUGUUGAACUAUGGAUACCAAAUGUUCCAGUUUGUUAAAAGAAAAUUAAAGAAAAAGCAAACA